AUGCCGCCGCCUACAGCCAUAGAAGCGUCGGACCAUAGCAAUCAUUCGGUGGGGUCCGCGGGCAUGACUGUUGAGAAAUGGUUUGACUAUUCGAACAAGCGCCCACAGGCUGGAACCAGAACAACCUUCCAAGAUGACGAAUCCCCAUAUUACCUCCCACAUGGCAGUUCCGCAGAGACAGGAAAAGAAAAUCCGCACGAUCAUACACAUGACAGUAACCCUCCCCUCCGACCCUUUGCGGGUUUCAUUGCGGGCACCAAUGGCAGUGGCUCGGAUAGUUAUAGGAGCGUGAUAGACGAUCUCACAGUGCAGAACAAGCUACUCAAGGAAAGGCUCCGAAGGUAUGAGACUUCCGAUAGUCCUCAUUUAGAGAAGGAUAAGUUGUUCGAGGUCAAAAUCCAUGCAUUGCCAUCGAAAAAGAGACAGGAGCUAGAGGACUUGCUCCGAAUAUUUGCUUCGAACUCCAGUUACUCGGAUGAUGGCAUAAGCACCGACUCCAAAGAAGCUUCGAAGGGUACUAGUAGCUCAUACCAUUCCCAUCUUCUUGCGUCUGGAUCCGAACCUGUACAAAUCAAUACUUCAAUAUCAUCGAUCUCAAAUUCUCGUCCUGUUGACUCGGCUUAUGCUUCUAUGCCCGCCUCUGGGCCAACUUCUGUCUCUGGAUUAAAGGUUAGAACAUCAGAGCCACAGUCAAAAAUCGCCGAAAAGCAAAAUAUCAACUCUUUCUCAGAUGAUAUACCAGAAGGUUUGUUACCGAGGCACGUCGUGGCCAUGACUGAGAGGCAGAAGAAAAUCCUGGUCGUGAGACGUCUUGAGCAGCUCUUUACUGGAAAGGUAAAUGGGAUUCUGGGAGACCAUAAUCAACCCUUGCAACAGCAGGAGGUGUCAAAGUCAGCGCUGAGGGCAGAACAGGAAGGCCGCGAGCCUUUUGCUUCGACUGAAGGAAUUCGCGAGGCUCUCAUCAAGCCACAACCGGUUGACGUGGGCAAAUCAACACCUCUCAACUUCGUCACUGAGCGGAGCAAUGAUUCUUCCACUUCCAGGCACUCAUUUGGAGCUAUUGUUGAUAGUAAUGCACCUCCUGAACAACGUCCCACCAGGCCGUUAGACUUGGAUCCGGAUCGAGCACAAGUCCCUGCCGAUAACAUCGAGUAUAUCCGUCAUCUCGGCUUUUCCGCACCCCAGUUGAUGAGCGAGGACUCCUCGGAUGCUGAAGCAGAUUCCCAGGGCUGGAUCUACUUGAAUCUUCUAAUCGGCUUAGCCCAGCUGCAUAUUAUCAAUGUUACUCCGGAUUUUGUUAGAGCUGCUGUGAAGGAUAUUAGUUCAAAGUUUCAGUUGUCUCGUGACGGCCAGAAGAUGAGAUGGAGAGGAGGCACAGAGGGAUCUCAUAUUAGCAGUGAUGGCGAUGCUAGUUCACGAAUACACUCUCCCAACGACAGCGCCAGUUUGGAAAAAUCAAAUAGGAAAAAACGCAAGUUAGACGAAUUCCAAACACGCAGGUCUGCUCAAGGACGGUUUGCUUCAGCUCCUAUUCAGGCUUACGAUCCAGCUUCAUCGAAAUCUGCGUCUACACUCGCCAACGCUUUGCACUACAGACCCCUCUUUAAUCACCAUAGCUCAAAAGAUGACUCGAACUCUUCUGACAACGAUCCCUCGAACAUACCUUAUAACCUAGGAGGAGAGGGGCGCGUCUCGCGGUCAGCCCAUCUUCGGAGCCACAUAUCUCGGCCGGAAUCGUCUAGUCAACAACGCCGACAAGAGGGCCCAAUCGUUUUCUACAACGGAGCCAAAUUCUUCACGGACUUGUCAGGUGAUCGUGGGAACAUUUCGACUCUACAACACGUCACUGGUGUUGGAAAGCACGGUGACUACAGCCUUGACGCUCUGGGAUGCUCGUCUCGGAAAAGUAGAUCAGCCAUUUUGCGAACCCCCUCUGGAUCUCUGAUGCAGUAUCGACCCUUCAAAGACUACUCUGGCGACAUCAUGGAUCAGCUCAGUGAAAAGUCACAUAGUACCGAUAACUUGGCUAUUGAGCCGGGUGUGAAAUGGUCGUCUCCCAAACCUUCAACCGCAACCCCUCUGAUGGUUUUCAAUGCUAGUGGACUUGGCGGCACUCGACCUGCGGAUCACUUCGCGGUCACAGUGGAAACGCGACGGGCGAAGCUUGAGAGCACGGCCCGGGCAAAAUCAUCAAGAUUUUCCGCCACUGGUCCGCAUACAAGGAGAUUUCAGCACAACAUUCCAAGAGCGUCCUUAGAUCUUUUUCGAGAUUCGGAAGAAGAGCAUACUACGGAAACACUUCCAUUGAAGAUAGAGGUUGUCUCGACGCAUUUUCAUAAACUAGAACCAUCAGAAUUACCUGCCCCAACGGGAUACUACGCUGAUUCAUCCAGCUCUGACGAAGACUCCGAUUACAGUUCUUCAUCUUACUCGGGAAUCUCGCAUCUUCGCCGACCAAUCUUUCGUGAGCAAGGGCGUUCUACUUGGGCCGUCGGAAUGCAAUUAUCCCACGCGCAGACUGCGGAUGAAGAUAUAAAUAUGGAUGAUGACGAUGACAGCGAGGAGGUCAUGAACAUGGAGAUGUCCUAG